AAUAGACGCGUCACGAUGAUGGACUUCGACGACAUUUUGCCGUACAUCGGCGGAUUCGGUCGCUUUCAGAUGUACGUGUACGGCCUGCUCUGUCUACCGAUCUUCUACAUGGCAAUGCCAGGGCUAGCUAAGAUCUUCCUGCUGUCCGUACCCGACCACUGGUGCCAAACCGAAGGUGUCGACGCGUGGAAUCUAACGCUGGAAGAAGUGAAGAACCUGACGCUGCCGCUGGAGCUGAAGUACGGCCUCAUGACGUACAGCCAAUGCCGCAUGUACGAUGUCAACUUCAGCGAAGUGCUAGCGAACGGAGGGUCACCGGUCGGUGACAUCACCUGGCCCGUCACCCCGUGCAAGCACGGGUGGGUGUACGAUAAGACCUACUACAUGGAUACAGCCGCCUCGGAGUGGGACUUGGUAUGUGAUAAAGCUGUCAUGGCCAGUACCAUACUGACUGUUAUAGGCGCCGCUGGUAUACCUGGUCUGUUCAUCUUUGGAACUAUCGGUGACAA